AGGUGGGUGGACCAUGGAAGGCCACGCUCCUUUGAAGGCCAAUUAUUAAAAAUUCGUAGUUAUAGACAUGUACAGACGUGUUCCUUCUAUUACACACUAAGAUAUAUCAAACUCAAGGCCACAAACGCGGCGGCGAGUCGAUCGCGCCGCUAUUGUGGCAGUGCGGUCUCACGUUUCGUAGACUUCGGACGUCGACGUUACGGUUGUUAUUGGCGCGCUCAGCAAAACAUUUAAAAAAAUGUCGGAGUCAAAUCCUAGAAAAAAAAGAGGUAGUACAUGGGAUGAAGACAGUUUAAGGCGUGCCAUGGAAGCAGUACAAAAUAAUGAACUUAAUACCAAUGCUGCAGCGUUAAAGUUCAAUAUUCCAAGACGCACCCUGAGAAACCAUUUAUUAAGCGGUAACCGAACUAAAAUUAUUGGGAAGACAACUAUACUCACAAAACAAUUAGAAGAAGAUUUAUCGCAGCGAAUCAUACGUUUUGCAAAACUGGGUCUACCACUUACGCCUAAAUUUAUCAGGAAACAAGCCUUUCUAUUUUGUGAGAGGUUUAAAAUCAAGCACUCGUUCAAUAUGUCAACUAGAAUGGCUGGACGCAAAUGGCUCAAAAUGUUUUUGUCUCGAAACCCAUCAAUAUCAAAAAGAAAACCCCAAUUAAUGAAUCCAGCUAGAGCUCAAAAAAUGAAUAAGCCCAUCGUGAAACACCAUUUUGAAGAAGUGAAGAAACUCUAUGAAGAGCUAGACAUUAUUGCACAUCCAGAACGCUUGUAUAACAUGGAUGAAAAAGGGUGCCGCAUAACGGUCCACAAACAAAAUGUAGUUUUGGCUGAAAAAGGGAAUAAAAGAGUACAUCUUGUUGCUCCGGAACACGCCGAGAACGUAACUAUAGCGAUGUGCGUAAAUGCUGUGGGUAUUGCUAUACCGCCCAUGAUUAUUUUUAAAGGGAUUAGGUACAGAUCAGAAUUAGCAUCAAAUUUGCCACCUGGAACCAAGGUAAGCAUGGCACCCAAAGGCAGCAUGACCAGUAGCUUAUUCGUUGAGUUCAUUCAACAUUUAGCACAACAUAAAGUACCUGGUAACUGUCUGCUGAUCUUUGAUGGCGCAAAGUGUCAUUUAUCAUAUGAGGCUCUGGAAGAAGCAGAUAAACAUAACAUAGUACUAUACUGCUUACCUUCAAAUACAACGCACGAACUCCAACCUCUAGAUAAAUCAGUGAAUCGGUCCUUCGAACAUCACUGGGAUGAAGAAGUUUUGAACUACCUGUGCAAUUCUCAAGAGAGAACUUUGAACAAAGCUUCAUUUAGCAAAAUUUUCUCCCGAACAUGGCCAAAGUGCAUGACUCAAAGUAACAUAGCAAAUGGAUUUAAAGCCACUGGUUUAUAUCCCCUUGAUCCUGAUGUCAUACCCGAAGAUGCUUAUGCUCCUUCAAUUGUAACUGAAAGACCUUUAUCGGAAGCAUUACAACACCAGAUCGACCAGCCCAUUCAAGUGUCGCCGCCUAUGACUGAAUUUCAGAAAGUGUCAGAAUUGUCUUCUCGGCCUCUGAUAGAUGAAAGGUCAACUCGUGUUUCUGACGUCUCUUCAAUUUCUCCAUCAAUUUUCAAAGAGAAUAAAGUGUCAACAUCGCCGAAAAUUUUAGCUGCAACACCAAAAACAAAACCAGUUCUUGUUUCUUACAGUUUUUCAACUGAUGAUUCAGAUUUAGAAUUAGAUAUUACGGUCAAGGAGCAGUGCCGCGACAUGCUGCUAAGUUCAAUACAAGUUGACACCGUCGCAGAUACGAAACGUGACCCUCGACCAUCUCUGUACGAUAAUUCUCUUCCAAGCACGUCCGGCCUACAACAAAAUAUCGUCUAUUCUAGCUCUGAAUCUGAUCUUGAUUUAAAUCUCAAUGAAUCAUUUAUCAAAGAUAACUACAUGCCUAAACUUCGAGUUUCAGAUUUAUACACUUCUUCGUCAUUUGAUGAUUCUGAUCUCGAACAGAAAGGAGAAAUCACUCCAAAAAAACAAUUACAACAAAACAAAAGCACAAUUAAAACAAAAGCUCAACUAAAGAGUCAUGAGACCAAAUCUUCGGAUGAUGACGAGCCGUUGAUAAACCUAAUAAAGGAUAAAAAAGAAUCAUUUCAUGCUUUUUUGCCUACUCCAAACUACGCUACGAUAAAGUCUACACGUCCACGGCAAAAAGCUAUUAACUAUAAGGGACAAAGAAUAGUAAAAGAUUUAUUUAAAACUGAAGACAAAGAGAAUAAGAUGAAGCAGGUGACUAGUAAGAAAAAAGGAAAGUCUACAAUUAAAAAAGAUCAAAGAAAGAAAACCAAAAAUAAAAAUGAUUCCGUUAAACGGCUGAAAAGAAUAGGACAAAAACAAAACAGUAAAAGAUCGAGAAUAGAGAAGAAGAAAAGUAAAGGUGAAGAGAAGGAGUGGUACUGCCACGCAUGUGGCAAGUGUAAAAUGGAAGACAUGAGGCAAUGUACCGAAUGUCAAAAGUGGUAUCACGAGACGUGUGUGGGCCUCACUAAAAAAGAUCUCGUCUUUAUAUGCCCAGAUUGUGAUUAAAAUAUACAAAAUUAUUAGGUAUCCUUUUAGUUUCUAUGUUAGUUGCCAUUUUUUUUUUAUAAUUAUUUUCAUUUUAUAAUUUUAAGUAUAAGUACUUAGUUGAUUUUAAACAUUCCUGACUACAAGACUGACCAUGUGCCAUGCUAAGUUUUUAUAAUUACAGUAGAUUCUAUUAUUUUAUUAUAAUAAUAUGAAAAAGUCAUAGUCAUAAUUGUAAGUUUGGCUUUUUUAGGAACAUUUUGGCCUUACAAAGAACGGACCCAUAUGAAGGCCAUUUUGGGGGAAAAAAAAGUUUUUAAUUUCAUUAUAAAAUACGUUGUCAAGUUAUUUAAUGCCAAAAUGAUACUCAUUAAUACUAUUUUUAAAUAACUUCCAUUAAUAUAUUCUUAGUUAUACGAUAGUGUUCAAGUAAUGUUUGUUGAGUUUUUUAUAGAUGAUAAAAAUAUAUUAGGAUUUAAUGUUUCGCUUAAUUGAAAGAGCUUAUUAUGUAGUUUUAGUAAAAGCAGAUAUAUUUAUUGUUACAACUUUAUUUUUAAGUUUAACGACUGAUGUAUAAUAUUGGCCUUAUUUGGAGCCGCGUUCCUUGCAAGGCCAUUUGGAAGAGCUUAAUAAAACUUAAGUUUAAUAAAUAGUGAUUAAAGUUAGGUAAAAAGAAAGUGAUUUAUAUGUUGCACAAUAAAACAAAGUAUUAUUGAAUAA